ACAUUGUCCUGGUGGCGUGCCCGUGGGCUGGGAUUGCAGCGAGUUGUGGAAGUGGCUGCAGCGGAGGCAAGGCGCUGCACUGAUUGCCCUUCACACUCACAGCCUGCUACUGCACACAGUAACCGCUGCAGCCAGCCAGAAUCUGCACGCCAGUCUCUGCCCAUCACUGCUAUGUUUUAUUCCUUGAGCUUCUUCUGACUGCGGCUUUUUUUUCCUCCUCUUCCCCCCCCCCCCCCUCCUCCCCACCCCCUUCCCCUUCUGAGUGCAGUUUCUGGCGGCAGCUGAUCCGGAAGAUGACUGAGUACAAGCUGGUGGUGGUGGGAGCAGGAGGUGUCGGCAAGAGCGCAUUGACCAUCCAACUCAUACAGAACCACUUUGUGGAUGAAUACGACCCCACGAUCGAGGACUCGUACAGGAAGCAGGUGGUCAUCGACGGGGAGACGUGUUUGCUGGACAUCCUCGACACGGCCGGCCAAGAGGAGUACAGCGCCAUGCGAGACCAGUACAUGCGGACCGGGGAGGGCUUCCUGUGUGUCUUCGCCAUCAAUAACACCAAGUCGUUUGAAGACAUCCACCAGUACAGGGAGCAGAUCAAACGGGUGAAGGAUUCCGAUGACGUUCCGAUGGUUUUAGUGGGGAACAAGUGUGACCUUCCGUCCCGGACUGUGGAGACACGGCAAGCGCAGGAUCUGGCCCGGAGCUAUGGCAUUCCUUACAUCGAAACCUCGGCCAAAACCAGGCAGGGGGUGGAGGACGCCUUCUACACCUUGGUCCGAGAGAUCAGCCAACACAAAGUGAGGAAGUCGAACCCGCCGGAUGAGAGUGGCCAGGACUGCAACAACUGUAAAUGUGUCCUCUUGUGACCAGGGUCCCUGGAGCAGCGGACAUACGGCCAUCGCUAUGCCGUGGGAGGGGCGGUGACGGGGGCUGGCGUGUGGGCGGUGCUGGAGUCGGGCAUGGCGCGGGGUCCCGUUCACCCAUACCCCUGCCCACCCUGGCCUCUGGAGAUACACAAACCUCUGCCCACCUCGUGACACUAAAUCGACCCCCAACACCACCCCCUCCCCUGGUGUCCACUGUGGCCACACACUGUCCCUCUUGGCACCCCAGACCCCAACUCCACACUGUGCCAGGGCUGCCCACCGCGGGCAGUGUGGACUUCACUGAAUUAGGGCCGCAGAUUGCUUGCUGGGACUGGAAACAGGCACGGGGGGGAGGGGGUGGAAUCGGAGGUGGGAGUGGGAGGUGUAGCAGUGGGGGAUGCUGAGAGCCGUUCUCUUUGUGAAUCAGCGAAGCAACUCUGAACCUCCCCCGUGGGCACUCUCCCCUGGCAUGGGCAGAGGUGCCCGAACCCAUGACACUUCCCCUCUGGCCAACCCCAACCCCCCCCCUCCUGCAUCCACUGGGACCCCCUCUCCUGCCCACACUAUUCCUCACACAGUCUCCGGUCGGUCAGGAUGGAGGGGUGUUCCACACUAUCCUCUCCCUCUCUGUAUUCCCUUCAUUGCCAAACUGAGCCCUGGGCAGGUGUUGACUCCUCUCUGGGGCAGUUCGAUCUCCUGAUUUCCCCAUCCCGGAGCCCCCGACGACACACGAUGCCCUCGGUCACCUGGUUUGGAGUGUUUUAGUCACUCCCGGUUGCCCGGGACUUCAGCCAGUGCCUGCAGCCAGCUUCCCUCUCCCUCUUUCUCUCUUUCUUGCUUUAUUUAACACGUUGUACAUUUCCAAGCUGAAAUAAAGAUGAUUUGAAAAGAAACUC